AUGGCUCGAGUUCACCUGCAAGAGGAGCUCACCAAGAGCACCGAGCGCAUCACCGUCCACACUCAGUUCGGUCCUGUCAAGGGAGGGCGAGCAGCUAACGGAGCAGCUGUCUUCUUAGAGAUACCGUACGCGCUGCCUCCUGGCAGGUUUGAAGAUCCGAUACCCCUCCCUACGGGUUACCGGUACGACGACAAGGAAUACAUCUAUGAAAGCAAAUAUUGCGCGCAACCAACGAAUGACGGCCAGGGUGCUGGUAUACCGCGUGAGGAUAGGCUUGGUCUGGGGAAGCCGUCCGAGGAUCCACUAUUCGUCAACGUUGUCUGCCCACCGAACACUUCGUCGAGCUCCAAGUAUCCGGUCAAAGUCUACAUUCAUGGCGGGUUCUUGCAGUUUGGUUCCCCCCAUGGGCUGAGCGCACAAGCACCCUACGUUGCUGCGGAGAGGUCAGAAGUGUGGGUGAACAUAGGUUAUCGACUUUCGGUGUUCGUGGAGGGCAACUUCGGAUUCAAGGACCAGUGGCUCGCCCUACUGUGGAUCAGAGACAACAUCGCGAAGUUCGGCGGCGAUCCCACAAACGUACAGGUGACAGGUCUCUCGGCGGGCGCUCAUUCAGUUCACCAGAUACUACACCACGCCUCUCGCCUGCCGGACGGCGAACAAGCCCCAUUUCAAUCUGCCAUGCUCCAGUCUAAUGCGAUCUUGACGAUCCCCAAGUCGCCCACCGAGCUCCGCCCACAAUUCGAAGCACUUUGCAGGGUCCUGGGGUUAGACCCUUCCUCGGCAGACGCUCUUAGCCGGCUACGAGACACCUCCACUCUUCCAUGGGACAAGCUCACCCACGUCAUCGAGACAGACAAGAUCGGUACCGAAUUCGGAUCCUUCCGCGGCGCGCUUGACGGCACCUGGCUCGCCACGACGCCCGACCCGAUGGCCUGGCAGCGCUCGGGCGGGUUCGCGCGCGCUCUCCGCGAGAAGGGCGUGCGGAGCAUCGUCGUCGGGGACCUCACGGAGGAGUGGUACCUGUACAGCAUCGCGCAUCCGGUAAACACCGAGGAGGACGUGGUGCAUAAUGUGCGACGGUACUACCCGGGCGACGUCGUGGACAAGAUGCUCGCGUGUUACCCCGCGGUCCCCCAGGAUGCGGACCAGAAGCAGCUCGAGCGGUACAUGGGAGACGUGCUCGCGGAUGGGCAGGUGCACUUCCCGGUCAGGUUAUUUGCGAGGGACCUGUUGAACGCCGCCUUCCCGGUGUUGAGGUAUGAGAUAAGAUGGACGCCGGAGCAAUACCGGCCGUAUGUAACCCAUGGGACCGACCGGCUGCUGUGGACGCUACGCCUGCCCUCGCUGGAACCGUCCCAGAUCGUUGCUGCCAGGACAUGGCUCGACGUCAUCGAUACGGAGACCAAAUCGCUCGAAGCCGGUGUGAACGCCAACGCCAGGGACCCGAAGAAAGUGCUUGCUUUGCAGGAAGACAAGACAGUUGGUUGGAAGGAAGAUGAUAGGUGGGACUAUCUGAUGCGCCUCCGAACGGCGCAUCCAGGGGAGAGCGAACCAUGACGUGGUUGGUAGACUGUGACCACGGAAUGUUUUCGUUGUUCAUCGGAAGAGCGAUAAACUCAACGAACGGUAGUCACGCAGUAUCCUACGAUUCGCGUCAAGUAUGAAUUCGGGUAUGGCCAAAUCGGCUUCACUGCCAAAUAUGCGAACGACUCAGGCAGUUCGAUUGAAAUGAACACCAGUCUACUUGCUUUCCGCCAGUGGCUUCUCUCACCUGAUCUUCGUCGUCUGUGUUCACACAGCCUCCUUUGACGUGCCGCGAACAGCUUCAAUUUGCCCCAAAUACGCAAGUAUGAGGAGAUAACAUGUACACCGUCCGGUAUCGUGAUCAUUCAAUCGUGAGCAGUAGCAUGAUAUUGAUGUGGCAACUUCCCACUGAGGAGGAGGAGGAGGAGUAAGUACUGACGAUCGACAGCAAAUCGACAGUUAUGAAUCAGGUUCCUGGCAGGAUUCACCUCACGUUUCUGCGAGAUUCU